GGUUCCAAUUUAUCAUUGAAUAGUCCAUCCAUCAAUCAACUAGCUCUCUCUCUCUCUCUCUCUCUGUGGCGACCAAUUUGAUCGGAUAUUCAGUUGCCUCGCAAUGGAUGUAACCUCAUCAGAACUGGUCUUCGAUUUCCCCUUCUUUAUCAGAGCAUACAAAGACGGCCGUAUAGAGAGACUCAUCGGCACCGAUGUCGUCCCCCCGUCGACCAAUCCUGUCACCGGAGUCCAGUCCAAGGACGUCGUUCUAGUCCCGGAGACCGGCCUUUCCGUCCGGCUCUACCUCCCCAAAACCGCCGCCGACCCGGGACACAAGCUCCCUCUUCUGCUCUACUUCCACGGCGGUGGCUUCUGCAUAGAGACUGCCUCCUCGCCGACGUACCACAACUAUCUCAAUUCCCUCGUCGACGAGGCCAAAGUAGUCGUGGUGUCGGUCGACUACAGACGAGCCCCCGAGUACCCUCUCCCGGUAGCUUACGACGAUUCCUGGGCCGCCGUCAAAUGGGCUGCUUCACACUCCGCAGGAGGCGGCCCGGAGAUGUGGCUGAACGACUAUGUCGACUUUGAUCGUGUGUUCUUCGCCGGAGAUAGCGCCGGAGGUAACAUAGCCCACAACAUGGCGUUGCGAAUCGGGUCGGAGGGGAUCAACGGAAUCAAGGUUGUGGGUAUGGUCCUGAUCCACCCGUUCUUUUGGGGAAAGGACCCAAUUGGAGUUCCCGAUCAAGGCGAUGGCGGCGCUCCUCCGUCGGGGCUCGCAGACAAGCUGUGGAUGUUCGUUUGUCCGACGUCAAGCGGGUCAGACGACCCGCUGAUCAACCCGGUGAAGGAUCCGAAGUUCGGAAGCCUGGGCUGCGUGAAGGUGCUGGUUUGUGUUGCCGAGAAAGAUUCGCUGAGAGAUAGGGGGAGGUAUUACUGCGAGGAACUGGGGAAGAGUGGUUGGCGAGGGACGGCAGAGAUUAUGGAGGCCGCUGGAGAGAACCAUGUCUUCCAUUUGUUCUCGCCCGCUACCGACAACGCCGUGGCCAUGCUCAAGCGCGUGGCUUCGUUCAUCAAUGAUGAGGGUAAUUCCUAGGGUGCCUUUUGUCCUUUCCUUUAAGAUAAUGGCCUCAAAUAUAUAAUUGAUAAAAUAAUGAAAUGUGAUGACUUUUGAGUUUGAAGAAUCUUUAGCCCCAAAAGACACUCGUAUUUUAUAAUCAUAUUGAGUCGAUUCUGAGUUUCGUAAAAUUCACUCUUUACUCAUUUAUAAAUGAGUUUGUUUAUUUAUAA